AUGGGGCUCUGGAGACCCAUCGCCAAACUCGAAGUCAAGCUCGAAACAUGGCGCUGGCGCAGCCGCUACACUGUCCUAGAGAGAACCCCGGCCGAGCCCGAAUGGUGGGAGGUGAUUAUGGAGAGAGAGAAAAGAAAGCGCAAGGAAGAACGCAGAAUCGCCAAAGAAGAACGUAGGGCUGCGAAGGAAGAACGCAGAGCUGCGAAGGAGCAGCGUCGGAGGGAGCGACAGAGUCAGAAGAAGGAGUUUGACUGGAGGGAUUAUAUUCCGAGGUUUCCCAAGGUGGUUGGGUAUACGCCGAUGUGGAAGCUGGAUGAGAUGCUUGCUUCGCCACAAGGGGUGCGGUGGUAG